AUGGCUCCUAUUCAGCGACCAGAUCCCGUCACCGGCGAGUUACGAAAUGUGACUUUGGUGACACCUCCAGUAUCCUCUGGAGACAGAAUGGUUCAGCCUCUGACAGAUUAUUGGAGGUCGGCUUUCAAAGCAAGUGACAACGACUUCAGUGGAAAGAGACAAAAGCUGGCUCCAGAUGGGGAUGGCGAAGCGUCGAGUGCUGCUGCGGCAACAGUGCCUCCGCCAGCAGUGCCAACGGAUUCACACGAUGAGGGCGCCCAUGAUCAGAAAUCAGAUGAUGCGACACCGACUCCGACACAGCAGAAUCCAAUCGAUGAGCUCAUGGAGCAGGAGCUAAUUGCCGAGCUGGAGACGCAGAUUAUAUCCGAAGAAGGACGGUCUGUCAGAAAUGGAAACGGUUCGAGGAAUGGCAGCGACGCCGAUGACAAUGGUGAUGACACUGCUCGCGAUGACAAUGCCGCCGGCUUGUUAUCUUUUGACGAGAUGGCCCAGGCGAAGACAAUCGUGGCAUGCGAAAUUGUGACUUUCAAGCAAAAAUUCAUCCAGAAGCAUGCGCUGGAUUGCUCUUCCGUGAACACAUUUAAGGGAGUGUGCCACAUGCUACAGAAGACGAAGCCGCUGUGUUUCAUCUUGGAGAAUGUUGAUUCUUUGGAAAGCAGUGCAAAUGCCUCCAAUGAUGAUGACAAGGAGCCAAGCAAAUCGAAUUUGGAAAUGAUCAUGGCCUGGCUGAAUGAGCUUGGCUAUGGCGUGGCAGUUGAGAAAUUGCGAUCCGACGACUUUGGCCUACCCCAACGGCGAAGCAGGCUAUACUUUUUCGGAUUGCGGCGGGAUUCCGGCGUGCUGGCAGAGCCAGCUGACGACAUUUUGUCGAAAGUUGGGGAGCGACUUCUUUUGCUACGAAAGAAUGCCGCCAACCCCGAAUGCUUCCUUCAUUCGGAAGAUGACAAUAUGCUGGAUGAGGAGCUUGAGCGACUGGAGACCAGGGCGAGAUCGGCCAGUGCAUCCGACAAGGGCGAUGGCAUGGAACCGGCAUCAGCCAAAGAUGGUGUGCAAUGGCCGCUGGCACAGCCGGCCCACCUGCAACGGUCGCCUUGGUUCAAGUUCCUGACGCCGCGAGAGCAGGAGGCCGUAUGUUUCGUCGAAUUGUGGAAUGAGCGGCGCAAGCGGGACGGCGAAAGCCAAAUGGCUUUCGUGGACCUGUCGCAGAGCCUCAACCGGAUGGUGCACUCGACAUACGACUCGAAGGUUGUCCCAACCAUUCUGCCACAGAUGCGCUUGUGGAUCACCCAGCAUAAACGAUGGCUGCUGGGAUCGGAAAUGCUGGCGAUGCAGGGUAUCGAUGUGAACGAGAUGGAUUGCAUUGAGUUGAGCCAACCACAAAUGGCCAACCUCGCUGGGAAUGC